CCAUAUGUUUAUGACAAUCUACUAAAUUGGUGUAGGAUCAAUUUUAUGUAAUAACAUCGUUCGAAUCGCAAAAUUGUUUAGAAAAAUGUCUUUUUUGGUGCGGCAAAUUGUCCAAGCUACCAAAAAUACCCAGCAAUGGUCCCCUGUACUGAGCCGUGGUAUGGCCUCGUUGCGUGACACUCCAGUCAUAGAUGUGGAUACUGCUUUAGCCAAACCCGAGGAUAUUGAACAAAAGAACAAGUUGCAAGGCACCAUUACCGUGCCUGUCAAAGUGGACCUUAGCCCCAUUUCGGGAGUGCCAGAGGAACAAGUAAAAACUCGCCGUGUUCGCAUCUAUAUGCCACCAAAGAACGCCAUGCAAAGCGGCACCAAUAACUUGCAUACUUGGCAAAUUGAUUUUGAUAACCGUGAACGUUGGGAAAAUCCCUUGAUGGGCUGGAGUUCUACUGGCGAUCCAUUGUCGAACAUGCAAGUCAAUUUUACUUCCCCCGAAGAGGCAAUUACCUAUUGCGAAAGGAAUGGCUGGCGUUGGUUUGUUGAACGCCCCGAUGUACCCAAAACUGAUCGCGUUAAAAACUAUGGUGUUAACUUUUCAUGGAAUAGGCGUACACGCGUUUCCACCAAGUAGAACUUUGGCGAUAUAUUAAAAGUAUAGAUGUUUGAAAUCAAUUCAAUGUGGUUAAAUAAUAUAGCAAAAUGCGGAUUCGAGACCAUGGAGUUACAAUAAAAAAGAGAAAAUGUA